CCCGUAGUACUACGUUAUGUCAUUCUGGUCAUUCUCUCUCUGUAGGCAUUAUUCAUUCAAAGUGUGACUCUGUAAUUUCGUACAUUUUCUAAAUUCUUUAAUACAGUCUUUUCGGCCCUCCAAGUAUUUUCUUAUUUUCUGCUCUCCCACAAACUUUGCUCUCCCACGACUCUUUAGUAAAAUCCACGCUUGUUCUAACAGUUGCGUCCAAUUUAAAUUACCCGCUACUUCUCAUCUGUCUUCUCUUGCACCGUUUCCUUUUCCUGUUAUUCUAUUUCCGGUUACCUACCCUCUUCCGCUCCCCUCCAUCUAAAUCAGCUGUUCUGCCUCCUGGUCGAUCCCAUUAUCAGCUUUUACAGAUGGCGCGUCGUUUGUUGUUGUUGGAUUAGCUUUCAUCAGACCGAGCUGAUAAAGCGAGUUUGAAAUCGUCUUUUCAAGUGAAAGUGUUUUGUCAAAAUUAACAUGGCUUCAGGUUGUAGUGGUAGUAAAAAGCAAAAAUUUAAUCAUACUUCUAGUCUUCCGCACAACGGUUUCAAACUCGCGAAUGGCAUUCCUGGAAGAAUGAUAGCUCAUCCACAGAUGUGCUUCUUUUGUUUUGAUGUCCUGUACUGCCAAUUACACAAUUUGGAUCCUCCCAAAACUCCGGAUUUCUGCGAUGAGCCAUUUCCAUUAUUUGUCACCUGGCAGAUAGGGAAAGACUUGAAACUUAGGGGUUGCAUCGGCACAUUUAACUCAAUCAACUUACAUAGUGGUCUUCGAGAAUACGCUGUCACCAGUGCUUUCAAGGACCCAAGAUUCAGCCCUAUAUCUGCCGAUGAGUUCUCCAGACUCCAUGUCUCUGUGUCAAUUUUACGACACUUUGAGGAUGGUUCUGACUACACCGACUGGGAGGUUGGAGUUCAUGGAAUUCGCAUCGAAUUUCCCAAUGAGAAAGGCCACAAGCGCACUGCCACUUAUCUCCCCGAAGUUGCCUCAGAGCAAGGAUGGGAUCACAUUCAAACGAUUGACUCACUCCUCCGCAAGGGGGGCUUUAAAGGUAUGGUAACACCUGAAGUACGGCAAAACAUUAAGCUCACCCGCUACCAAAGUGAAAAAGUUACUGCAAGUUAUCAAGACUACAUGCACAGCUGGCGCAGCGAACAUUGCUAGCAAACUGUUCGGGGCCAAUCGUCGAGCCCCAGCAUAGCUGACCAGCACCACUCUGUGACAUACUCGCCCCUUGCGUCGCAGCAACAAUAUCUAACCUUCCCUUCGGAUGCACUAUUUCCCUCCCCUCUUUUCUCAGAUAUAAGUUACGGUCCUUUCCCUUACCACAUCAUGUGCCGCCCACCAUUUCCUAUGAGUUCAUUGUGCUAUUGUCCUCCUCAACAGGCAGCCCAAUUCCAUCCUGCUCAGUCUCAGUUUUGUCAAAACACCUUCCUGCCAAGUCCUGGUGCAAAUCCUAAUUAUUAUUGCUCUAACUCAGUCAAGAAAAGGAAGUGACACCAAAAUUAUUAUUUAUCACCUUUUUGCCUUUUUUCUAAGAGCAAAUUUUCCAUUUGUUGUUUUCUCUUGCUUGUUACAAUAGUGGUAGCUUUUACUCUAGUGUGACUGAUUGCUAAUGUGUUCAAUAUUUCGCCUGUGUGUCAGCUUUGGUCUCUAAAUUUGUAAGGGCCGUGCUGAUCGGCGAGGCACCCUCAAGAGGCCAAGGCAACUGGAUACUGCCCGGUCUCUAAAUUUCAUUACCCAGAAAAUAGGCUGAUGGUGUUAAUAUCAAGGAAACCUAAGUUUUUUCCAGCUUGAGUCCUAUGACUGAGCUCAUUUUCUUUUUUAAUGUAAAGAUACAUUUUUCGUGGUCAAUGUACAAAGACUGCCCCAAUUAAACUGAAAUAUGGCCUAUUCUGAAAAAACCAUUAAACUGUUGGAAAAAGUAAGUAAAAACCCACAAUAAAUUUCUCAAAACAGACAAAUUUUCAGUUUGUUUGGAGUAGACUUGGUAUCUUCAGUUGACUCUUCUUAAUUCAUGUUCUGAACUAUCUAUUAUUUUUUUAUGACAAGAUCCUUCUAAAGUGUAAAAUAUAUUUUUUUUAGGGUAAAUUUAUAUGCCAUAAGUUGCAGGAGAUUCAGAUUCUAGCUCCCUGACGUUCUUACUUUUAUUUCCCAGGGUGCUUUUUUAUUUUUCACAGAUCUUAUUGUCCGUCACUUUUGAUUUUUUGAAAUUUCCCCCCUCUUUCAUCAAGGUAAGCUCUACUGCAGGUAUGGACAAACGGAGUGCUGACGUGGCAGCGCUGAAAAUAUAGGCCAUCGAGUGACGUCGCAAGUCGUACCGUCUUUGCUGCGCAGUUCAAAAUGAUGCUCUGGCAGAGCUUAAUGCUUGGCAGUAGCUUUAAUAAGCUAUCAGAUGAAUUUAAAAAAUUGAUACAACUCAAAAUAACGAAAAAAUUAACUAAGAACAUGGAAAAAUAACACAAAAUUGACAAGACCCACUCUCAGAACAGAAAGUAAAUAAGUUUUCAAUAUGGCGUCACGGUCGUACCAUUGGACGCUGUCAAAUCUACGCGUUUCGACAACUUUCUAAAAUUUCAUUUGUCCAUACCAGUAGUAGAGUGUACCUUGCUCUUUCAUCUCUAAAUCUGAUAUAAUUGUACCCUUUUAAGCUCUAAUUGAAAAUUACUGUGUGCCAAGCAUUUUGCUUUGAAGUAAUAGCAGUUUGCAAGGACCUUCUCGAGCCGGUUUCACAGCAACACUCAGAAACUGUAAAUUUUGUGAGAGAAAGAGUGAGACUAACUUCAAGUAUGGAAUAUUAAAAUAAUCUUAUCUCUUUAUUUUGAGCAAGUUGAGAAGCUAGCAAUCAUUCAGUCAAUCAAUCAAAUAGUUUAACUGUUAGAGGUUACAUUUGCUUUGUUGACAUUUUGUUACUCCAAAAUUUCCUAUUCAAUUUAAUUUUAAAUGAACAUAAUUGCCAGCCUUCAGUAUAACUAUAAAGCUCACUGUAAAUAAUAUAAAUUUAUUGAUUCGAAAAAAUGGUAUACAACUAAUGCCAACAAUGUUUUUACCUGAAGUUUUACUAAUAUAGGAGGAACUUUUUUCAGUUUAUUGCCUAUUAAUGUCUGGUUUCUAUUAAUUUAGCGGAUGUAAGUAAGAUUUCAAAAUGUAUUAUUUGUGUAUACAGCAGUUUGAAACAUGUUACUGGCAGCUGAUGAAUAUAUUCACUGUUUAAUGCAUGCAUCUGCCACUUGUAUUCUGACGUUUUUCACUUCAGAUAUUUUCCAUCUUAAAUAAAAUAAUCUCCCUUAGAAUUGUCACUGGAAGCUAGGCAAAUGAACCUUCAACACAUCAACUCACACUGAAGCAUAUUUGACUAGUUUGUAUGUAAUGGAGGAAAAACUGUGCAUCCACUGACCAUUGCAGACCAUUUAUCGAUAGAGUCUACGCCAAAUAAGUCCACACAUUUCUAGAGUAGAACAAAAUAUCAGCUCUCUUCAGUUUUGAAAUGAAAAUAAGUCGGUAAUUCAAGAUGGCCGAAGUGCGUAAACUUAUUCGGCAAGUACUCAAUCUGAAUUUCUCAACAAAGAGAUCUGUGAUAAGAAAAAGAGAAUCUCGGUUAGCAACAUUGAAAAUUCAGUGUUUUAUGUCAUUUGCAAGAAGGAAGGAUUUUUUUUCUAAUCAAGUUUAUUUAUUUUUUUAAUGUGAAUGAGUGCAUUUACCAGAAAUGCUGUUAAAAAUUAUCGUUCUGUUUUAUAAAAAAAAAAAACUGAAAUAACAGCAAAUAUGAUGAAUAACUGCAACCAAGAUUCAUGUCACUACUUUCACCAUUUACCUAGAAAUUGUGAAACUGAGUUUGAUAUAAAGGAACCAUGUCACAUUUAAAUAAAAUUGAGUUAGAGUAAUUCUAAGUUGGACCGGGGUCUCUGUUUCCCCUAUCAAAAAAUCUAAGCCCACCGAAGAUUUUUAGUAUCCCAAACAUGGGCUUGAGCACUGUGGAAGAAGACAAUUUUAAACCUCUUUUUCUAGGUUUUAAACUAAUGUUACUCCGUAUCUUUCUGCUGAAUUCACUCCAUUCAUCUAUUCACCAUUCAUAGAAGACUUUGCAGCAAAGGGGAUAAACUCUGCAUACAUACACUGCCUUCCUCUUUCAAUAAUCGUCUUCAAGUAGAUGAAUGGCAGUGACAACUCACAUGUCCUUUGCACAAAUUUAAUGGGUCCGUGAGAGAGCAAAAAUGAUAGGUAGAUGCAACAAUGCAAAUAUUUACCCAUGAAACGUAGUUAAGCGCAUUAAGCUUGUAGAAUGAUCACCCAUUAAUGAUUGGCCACCAGCAGAACAACUCAAAAUAUGCACAUGUAAGGAACUAUCUCUGUAUGAACGCCAAAUUUUCUUGGCUGUCCUCUGAAUUUGGUAUCAACUAAACAAUUAAGACUCGCUUGUGACUUGAAGAAAUGUUUAAAUUAUAUAUUACCAUUCUCGUUCAAAGCUUCUCCUCAGUAGUUUGCGAUGCUCCAUAUCAAUGUCUAUUACAGUGAUUCAAGUAGAUGUAGUCAAUUAAAUUUUUAUUUCCAUGUCAAAGAGAAGUUUUCCGGCUCUUAAUUUUAUGCUGAAGAGCAGUCUCAAAUGUUCAAAGAAAUUCCUUUAUGUUGAUAAGUUAUCCUUGCAGAAAAGCUGUGCUUGAGCACUACUGGAAUCAACUAUUAAGAAGUGUGGAAGAUAGGAGAAAGGGUCCGAAGAACCAAAAAGCUGGUUGAGUGUACAACAUUGCUGUCAUUAUUGCUAAUAAUAAUGUGAAAUUUAUACAGUUUCUAAGUCAAGAAAAUAACUGAAGCCCCUCAAUUGUUCUUUUCCUAAAAUAGGUAUAGGAAAAAUCAACCAGCUCAUGCAAAAAUACAUGUUUGAUGUCCACUGCUUUUUCUUAGAAUUUCAGCUUUCUAAAUUUCUGAUGGAUUAAAUUUGUACCUCCCUAGCAGUGAUAACACGAAUGCGCAGUUCUUUAAAAAUGUGUUUGACAUGGAAUAUGCAGAUUUAAUUGUGUCUAAUCAAUUGAUUCCAUUGUUGAAACUUUCAAAAUUGAAAGAAAUCUGUUCAAACCCAAGAUAAAACAGAGAAGGCCCUGGAGAUGGAAGGGAAAUCUGUUUAACUUGAACAUCCUAUAAUUUAAGAAAGUUGUUUCAACAAAGUGUAGCCACAUUUUUCAUCCUCAGUUCUAUAGACGAGGAAAAGAAAAAGAAAACAAAAGAACAAAAAAAAAAAAAUCAGUUAUUCUCUCUGCAACUCUUAAACCACCCAAUCCAGCCGUACCAAAGGAAAUAAAAAAUAAAUGAUAAUAUACCAAUAUGCAUGGACCAUAUAGUAUAAUAUUUGUAACACAAUACAUUUUAUAUAAUUAUAUAUUUUUAUGUAUUAUGUACACAAUCGUAAAAAUUAUGCAUCUUGGUUCGUUAUUUAUUCUAUAUUUUCUUUGUAAUAAUUUAAUAGAUGCAGGCGUGCCCUGCGAGGUAAUCCAGUAAGGAAACAAAAUUUGCAAUUAAUUUCUUUGAGUCUAUUCCAUUUUUUGUCAAAUUAAAGUAAAAAAAGGGUCAAAAAAGACUUGGAAAAUGCAACUUACAAUUUAGUUUAAACGGGCUGCUUUGUAAAGAUAGUUAAUGUUGAUUCUGAUUUUUGUGCACCACACACCUCAAAUGAGCUAAUUCAGGCCAAAAGCUAAGCAACGGCAAAUUGGGUAUUCAGAAUUAGAGAGCAAGAAAAGAAGAAGAACGAAUUCAUAUGAGAUUAGAAGAACAUUUUAAAGGAAAUCUCUGCCUGUGAUAAUCUUUUCCUCGAAGGAAUGUGACAUAGUUUAGCAGAUGUUUCAUUUUAUUUAGAUAAGCACGCCAAUUUUAGAUUUAGCCUGAAUUGUAUACGACUUGAACCAUCUCUUUCUUCCAACAGUUUUUGAGACUCUUGGUCCUUAAUUUUAUUUUAUGUUUCUCAUUCAAGUAGUAAGUGAUCUGAGGUGCAACAGAACUUGCUUAGAGCUCAAUUUUCUCAGGAAUUCCAAGUCUAAGUUGAAAUUCAAACAAAAUACAUUGAAAACAUGAAUUAAAUGUAAUAAUUUAGAGUCGGUCUAUAAUACGGGUAUGAUCUUCUCUAAAUAUUUGACAAAUGAAAGUAUUAGCCAAAUCCUUGUCCUACUAAACUGAUCACAAGAGACACAAUAAAAAAUGUUUGAAAAUCGAACAAUGACCAGAAAGAUUGAGUCAGUUUUCCUUAUUGUCAAGCCAUGCAUUAUUUGUUCAGUGAUUUUGUCGUAUUCUCUUUCCUUAUUAAGGUACCUAAUUCCUGUUAUUCGAUAGUUUCAUCCCUAUUUGUUUUAAGUAUUUUAUCACCAUCUGUUUGAUAAUUAUCUUGUACAUUGCUAAUAAUAGACUUGUGCUUUUAAAUUUAUCAUAUACUUUUUCUUUUCAUUAUCUUUGCUCCAAAUCGAUUGGAAUUGUGUAUCAUUGGAAGUCUCUAAUUUUUAGCUGCUUUCAUUUUAAUUAGUUCCAUUAAUUGUUGAAAAAUUUGUUUAAAUUUCUCUCUAAAGCAGUCACCUGCAAUUAUAAGAAAUUAUAUGAAAGACACAUAAAAGGGUUUUAUCGUAAUUCAGAAUUAAGGAAGACAAAUACAGGUCAGCUUAAUAAUAUUUCUGUAGUAUAUGUAGUCAAGAAAUUUGCCCAUUGGGCACUCAUUUUUCACGUAUGAAAAUCUAUGGUUUUUCAUGUUUAUUUUUUCAUGAAAAAUUUGUAUCCAUUUGAUUUUUUUAAAAGGGAACGGUUAUUUUCUUUCCUCCAAAAAAAUCUACUUAUUGCCCAAUUUUACAUUUAGUGCAAGUUGACUGUUCAAGCUUUUGUUUGUGCAAAUGUGUUAUAAUGAAGGAGCACAGUUUGAAGUACCAUGUUGUGAGGUAUCCGACGGGUUUCUUCAUUAUUCACACACUAAGAUUCAGAUAAGCAUUCAAAACAGCUGAAGUAAGUUUGGCAGAGCAAAAAAUUAUUGUUAUUUUUUGGCACAAAAUCUCCACACUUAAUUUUUUCAGAAGAUCACUACCUGAAAUUUUUAAUCAGGCAAAGAAAAAUGUGUAAAAUUUCCUAGAGUUAGAAAUAGAUAUUUUUAUUUCAUUGGAUUGAAGUAUGACAAUUUAAAAUGAAUAUUGAAGUUUGCGACAUCACGAAAUAAGAUACUCCUUCCCUAGCAUCUUUAUGGAUGAGUUAUUAUUUUUGCCACUUCACGAUGGGAGUUCUGUUGAGGAAAUUAUGGAACUCAAGAUCGCUGCAACAGUUUUCAUGCAUUAAAUGAUCUCUGAAUACUAUGAAUUUUAUGUACUUAAGUUGUUUGUCGAAGUUUGUCUUUUAUUAGUCUUCGUUUGUAAUUAAAUUAAUAAAAAAAUUUCCUGCAUAUAUCUUGGAGGUGUUUACGCGUUCAUGUAUAUUUUUACACUCGACACCUGUUGUAAUUAUCUAUGUUUGCAAUCGUGUAAGGUAUUAUAUUUAUAUGUUUGCAAUCUAA